UAUUGUGACUCUAUGACAACUGCUGGCAUAUGGCGGCUCCCAGCGAUAAUGAAUUGGAUGAACGGAAUGCUACCAGCGAAGAUGCCAACCCGUUUUCCUUUCAGCGCUUUGUUAAUACGCGUAGCACGUCCUCAUCUGAAUACGCUCCAAAUGAGCUCGGGGAUUUAAUUACUUGUGGCCAGAAUGUGCACCAAACUCGUCGGAAAUGUCUUCUUGUCAUAGACGAUAAGCCAAAAGAAGCAGUGGCACACAUAAAAAGACCACAGUCUUUAGACAUAAUUGCACAUCUGAGUUCGGUGCCAGCCAGGCGGCCUUCCUCAAGCGAUGAUGCAGAUGGCAGCUACUCCUCCAGCACCGACCAAGUAAAUGUUUCUGAACCUACCUGGCUUCAAGAACCUCUUCAUGCAGGUCUUAAUGCCCAGUACGAGAUAGACAGGGUUUUUACCGAGAGGCUUGAAGAAAAGAACAAGCAGUUACAAAGACAUCUUGAAGAAGCACAGAAGGUCAACAAAGAACAGUCGAAAAGAUUGAAGAGCUUGGAGGAACAGCUGGUACUGCAGCAGGCCAGAGAACGUGAAGAAACUGCUGCUUUGGAAAGGAUGGUGCAACAAGUAGAAUGCAACCUUAAAACAGCCUUGGAGAGGGCAUCCACUGCUGAGGAGCUGGCCUACAGUCUUAAGCAGGAAGUGAAAGCACUACAGGCUCGCUGCAAGCACCUGGAGAUGCAGCAGAAUCAGGACUUGUCAGAAAUGACCUCUGGCCUGUCAUGCAAACUACGGACUGCUGCGGACUCGGCAGAAGGUUCUCUGAGGUCCCUGCUGGAAGGUGUCAAGCAUUUGCGACUUUAUUCUGAAAUAGUUGAGAGUUGGAACAAAGUACAUGAAGAUGCCUCUUGAUAAUUGGUUGAAACUAAAAGCAAGCUUCAGAGGAUUUGUACAGAGAUUCCUCUCUGGAAAGGUGCUAUGCCAAUGAAACCAUGCACCUACAAACCAUGCCGGUUGUUCACUCAGUGCACAGCGGAUACUUUGCAUUGUAGGAAGGAUAUCUCAACAAUAUGGACAAUAGUCCAUGUGAUCACCUAAUGGGACACCAUGCUUUUUUCUGCGGGACAGAAUGAGGAACUGUGAAACUGAGUCGUUGUAGCAUUUUGUUCCCUGAUGUUCAAUGUGUUUGUACACAAGCUGAACAGUUCAAUCAUGUGCCAGUGCUGAUGUGUGCUUAACCACCUAGCUGUUAUGUUGUUUUGUGGUGGUGAUAAAGGUAUGUACUGCUGCAUAUAGGGUGUCGUAGCUAAAAUGGGCCAAGCCAUUAAAAAAAAAAAAAAAAAACGACUUUAAAAUAUUAGGAUGGUACCAGUGGCAUUCUGUAACUAAUUUUCUGUAAACACAGAUUUUUUUGUGUUAUUCAUAAUUAACAAAUUAUCUGAAGUUAGCAAAAUUAAUAAAUACAGGUCCAGUGGCAUAAGUUUGAAUGCCAAAUUGUACUAUGCAUUGAAGACAUCAUUUUCACUGAGUUCAGACCCACUACAUUUUUCUUAUUUUUUCCGCAUUUUAAAGUUAAGGUGGAAAAUAUGAAAAAAGAAAUCCACCAACGAUUACAAUACUCCCUAAUGUAAAAUUUGAGCACAGCUGUAUACAUGUUUUCAUUUUGCGAUAUAUUGGCUGGCAUGGACGAUCUGUCUUGUGCAGCAUGUUGCAAAAGGGGCGAAGUGUGGCGCGACAGCCUGGAUAAUAAGGAGAUCACGAGAGGCAGCACAGGUGUUACGCGUGGGCAUGAUUCACAGCAGCCACCACAAACAGACCUCCGCUCAUGCAGCGCUUUGUUUCCAUUUAUGCUAUCAAUGGCAUCAUCGUUGUACAGACAUGUGCUACUCUGGCACCAUCUCGUAGCCAUCGUCACCGCAAAGCCUGUUCUACACGGCACUACACUUCUCGCGCUUUUGCCCUACCCUCCUCCUCUGAUUUCCUCCUCAUGCUCACUUCGCUAUCGUCUUUCACCUGCGCUCCGCAUUCACUCUUUCAUCCUUCGCUGUGCUCGUUCGCUCAGUUACGAGGAUGAUGCCGAGGCACGACACUGACACUCACUACAGGAACAGCCGCCUAAGAGCUGUGCUCUGAAAUAUUAUUAGUGAGUGCAUGCCUGCUUGCUGGCAUGUGCGACAGCAAUGUCCUCGAAGGCGGAUUCAAACAACCAACUCUGCUAAAUGGCUGACUUUGCGACCGUGUAAAAGUAACAAGGCAUCAGUCUAUCCAUUGGCUGCUGCUAAGAGCAAUUAAACUUCUUAUCGCUGUCCUAGUCCAGUGUUCUGCUCCAGAUUACUGUGUCAUGCGGCUAUUUUUUCUUGGCAGUUGUCACAUUUGCACAGUCGCUGAGUCAGCAAUUUAGUGUAGUGGUUGCAAGCGUCCUUUGAGUGUGUGGCCAUCACGCACGUGCGGCAUGUGGGCAUACGCUCACUUUGCAUUCUUUUUAUGUGAAUAGCAUUCUUUUGGAACAUCACCCACUUUUCGGUUUGUCCGCUUGUAUCUAACUUCUUUCGUGCCAACUUGAGUCACUGGGUACGCCCCACUGGGUAGGUGCCGCCCUUCAGUGACAAAAAAAUUCUUUAAAAAUUGUGUAAUAUAUGUUCAGACGAUCUUGUCUGAAUAUAUAAAUUCAUCCACAUGCAAGUGUGGUGGCAUUGCUAGAUGGCGCAGCGUGUCCAGUGGGAAGCACAAGAGAGGAGCCCAGCUGCAUAUACACUUCAUACAUGAAAUGUUUCGGCGUUGGCAAUACAGUGUGUCACUAAAUCCCUUCAAUGCUAAUCUCAGUAAUAUCGACAUUCAUCAUGAGAUGAAUUCUGCCAGAAUUUUUUGUUUUGAACCAUAACUUGUGAAUGUGGCAAGAAAUAACAAAGAAAAAUAUAGCGGGUUUGAAACUCUUGAAUAUGAUGUUUUCGAAUGCGAAGCACAAUUUUUCUGGCGAAUGCCAUUACAUCUCAAAUUAAUAAUUUUGUUAAUUUCUUUUUGUUAUAUGAUUAAUUAGGGAUAACAGAAAAGGGUACCCAAGUUGGCAGAAGACAGUUGCUGACAGAAUACAUUAGGUCUAAUCUUCAUUUCUUAUAUCUCUCUCUCUUUUUUUUAAUUGCUUGGCCCUUGUUAACUGGAACACCUUAUAGGUUACGAGUCCCUCUCUCUCUCUCUUUUUUUUUUUUUUAUAGCUUGGCCCUUGUUAACUGGAACACCUUAUAAGUAUACGAGUCCAUAUUAUUUGUAAAUAUUGUGCAUGCCUGUGCACCAAGUUGUAACAUUUUUUGCCUUUCUGCUGAUGACUAGCAGCCACCAUACUGGAGUUAGCAAUCCUAUAUUGCACUGUUUGGCAUUGAAAGCGUAAUUGUUCAUCAGGUUGCAGGGCUAUAUCUGGUUUUAAAAAUAUCUUCUCUUUAUUCUAAAGGAGCAGGACAUUAGCCUGUAUCUCCUUAUAGCUGGUGCCUAAGUUAAUGACAGUUGUGACGUUGUAUAAAGAAGUUAUUUGCAACCUUGGGCAGUACACUCGGAAUGUUGUGCAACCAACUAGCCCAACUUUGCACAUUUGUAAAGUAUGUUUUAUUUAUUUUGUCAUAUCAUGUUCGCUUGUGUGAUGCACCUUAAGAAGUAAGGCAUUGUAGAAUUUUGUAUUGAAACUGAACUGUGAAGUUGGACUAAGCAAUGCUUGAUAGUGGGCUGGUUGGUACUUCAUCACUAGUUGACUUGAAGUGUGAAGGAAAAACAAGGAUGAAAGGCCGGACGCAGACCAUCCUUUCGUCCUUGUCUUUUGCUUUGUGCUCCAAGUUUACUAGAGAAGUUGGGCUAGUUGGUUUGCAUUUGACAUGGUGAACAGUGAAGACGAUGGGACACAUGUCCCAUAUUUCUCUGUUAUUGUUUGUGGUGGUCCACUAGUGACACAGUUAAAAGCAGGAAUAAAAGGCACAAUCAGUGGUGAUCUAUAUUUUGGUUCUGUGCCUACACUGUUGCUGCUUUACCUGGUUGAGAGCCAUCAGGAUCAUGAGCAUCAGGAUUGUCAAAUAGCUUAUGUCUACGAAGUGCAAUUUUUGGGUCACUGCAUCUGCAUUAAAGAAAGUACUGAUACUUUUUUUUUUCAGUGUUUAAUUUUAUGAAUUAUUAUUAUUCUUUUUAAGUUUUAGUGAACCUUUUUGCUGUUUACAGUGCGCGAUAAAAUGUGCUUCUCGUAGUGUGUAGAAAGUGUGAGAUACAAUUUUAGUGCUUCUGGGAAGGUCAUCAGGCACACUCACAAUAGUCCAGCAAUGAUGAUGGCACAUCCCAGGGAGCUUUUAUAGCAGAACGUAAAAAGUUCAAGUAGCUGUCAUUCCAGUAAUGGUCUGAAACCUCAGUUUCUUCUGCACCAACAAAUGUUUAUUUAUAUCACUAUUUAAUGUGACCAUUUCUAGAGUUCCAAUUGCAGCACAACUUUUGUGGGUCAAAAGCAACAUUGCAGUGGCCAGACCUGACAUGCCAUAUUGUUGCAACAUACUAGCACGCCAGUCAAACUAAAGUGGUGGGUCUCAGGUGAUGACAUCUCUUGUGCUACCAAAUCUGUCUUUCCCUCCUGCCUAACCCAGUGCUUCUUAGCAUUACACAUGUGAAAAGUCUACAUCCACUGUAUUGGCCACCGUAUCCAAAUGUAUUGUACCGGUCACUCUUCUAGGAACAUUGCAUGUCACCCUCCCUCUUUCCUUUUUCCUAGUGUCUCCUUUAUCCCAUGUAGAUUGUGAAGCUUCAAAUGAGAUGGAAUGUAUAUUUGCCCUCUGCCUCGUUGAUGCCAAAAGCCCAUUGCAUUUGUGGGUGAAAAUUGGGUAUAUUGCCAUCCCCUUUAGUGAUGGCUCCAACAGUGAUACCAGAGUUAGUGAUGCCACAGGGACACCAUUUUCAACCACCUUACAUUGAAUUCGUGACUUCAUGCUGUAAAUAGCACUUGUUUUGAACUGAUCACAUUAACCUCUCAUUGGAAAUUUUUUUUUCCCCAAAGGAAAGCAUUAGAUCUGCACUUAAAAGUACCUGUGUGAAGUUAGAACAUUCAAAAUUAGUUGCACACCAUUUGCUACCCCAUAGUGAUAUUUGUGGGGUUCUUAUAAGAAAGUGAUAUCGGCUGUUUUAGUGGUUAAUACACCAUUUAUUAUAAAAUAAUUUUUUAAUGUGUUUGUUUAGCCACUUUACAUUCUAUACAUAAGCUUGUGUAUCUGUAUACUAGUUUCGUGUUUCAACAAGGUACUCUUGACUGCUUCAUGUAUUCUGUUCUCCUUUUUUUUGUAUCCUCACAUCAGUAUCCAUACAUUUGCAUGUUUUAGUCAUAUAAUGUGUACUCAAAUGUACGUGCAAUUACAGUUCAUGCCCCACUUGCUGUGUUUACUGGGCACGAUUCAUUGUGAAGUGAUUUGUGGCUGUGUUCCCUCACAUUUCAUGUUGAAAUUGAGAUUUGAUCCAAAUUGAAAUUGGCAUCUAGUGCAAAAGAAUGCAUUUAUAGUUGCAUAUUCUCUCUCUGGAUUGUCCUUUAACUUGAAAGACAAACUGUCUUGCAUCUUAUGGCAACCUUAAAAGGACUGAUCCAAUUGAACCUCGAUACACUGAACAUGGAAGUAAACAUCAAAUUUGUUUGGCCAUGCCUUAUUUCAAUGCGUAUUCUACUGCUAUAACAAAAAUAAAAAUGCAUGAUUUGAGAGAAUAUCAGUUACUGUGAAGCGAAUAUUUGCUCGCUGUUCAGAAUAUGUAUUCUGGUAGGGAAAAUGUCAAAGACUCGGCAAGGGGAACUUGAAACGACACAUCCUGGACAUAUGUGCCAGCAACUUGGCUUGGCUGGCCCUCAGCUAGAGAGCCAACAUGCCAAUCCCAUGAGAUCAUACUGAUCAUACUGACCGUACUGAUCGCACGGCUACAUGUUAAUGAUAAAGCAAAGCAUAUGUCUAUAAUUUAAUGUGUUUCACAGGUCAUCUGUCAGAAUGGGAAGCCACUGAUGGGCCAUCGAAAUCGACAGAUGACCUUGUGCUGGCUCGUUGGCAGCACACUUGCACUUCUCUCGCAUAAACCCAAUCUUAAAUUUUUUUUCAUUACGAUCGGCACAUUUGCUUAUGACAAAUAUAGAACAUAACAGAGGGUAGUUUUAUGCCCGAUGCUACUUCAUUAUAAUGAGGUUCAACUGUAUAGCAGCAAUGACCCUAGUUCGCACCUGAAUAAAUAUGGACGCUCAAGUUUCUUGCAGCGUUCAGCAUCAUGGGAAAAUACCUAUAUAGGGCUGUAUUCAAAGUGAGAAAUAGGGACACACUCGGACAUUAUUGUUUGGCGACAGCAGAAGAUGCCGGAAUUUGCAUUUCUCUCUCUUAUGUGUCUCAUACUGAUUUAGGAGCUCGGAACUGGUGUGUCAUUUAUUAAUUGCAUGCUGAAGCAUUUGUGGCUUCAUAACAUCAUUACUGGCUUACUGAUUACCUGUGAAAUAAGCAAGACGAGAAUGUUGUGUCGGUAUUACUUUAAGUUGGCAUGCGGAACUUGGAAUGGCAUGCUCAGCUUUAGUUCUUCAGAAAAGAAAUUUCUGGCAUAAACAUCUUUACAGUACCUUUUAUGAGUGUUUGUGGAAUAUUUAUUGGUGAUGUGUAGUUUAGCCCUUUAAAUUAGACAAAUAACUAUAUAGGAAGUAAAAUACUUUGAACAGCAAGUGUGUAGCAAUGUAAAUUGAACAGUCUGCCUGAAGAAGACCAGGCAUGUAUUAAAUACUGACAUGACCAAAUUUAUAUAAUGUUCAGUGCAAAGUGAUCAUUUUGCAGUGUAUAAAACUGUUCAGCUUUAACACCUUUAAUUUUUAAGAAAAGGGCACAAAUGUGCGCUCGGUUUUCAUGAUCACAUUGAAGUUUUGCAUGUUCAAAAAAAAAAAAAAAAACUCGCUACAAAGUUUAUGCAAAUAACAGUCACUGCUGGUUUCAGUGAUAUUUUUAUAAUAUGUAAAGAAGUCUGAUUUUCUUUUUUAAGCCCUGACUGUAAAAAUGCUGCACUUUUUUCUAAGUCCUGAUUGGGCUUAUUGCAAAUAAAGUUUGAAUAUUUUGCGCAAUGAUGUCAGUGAUUGUCUUCCUUUCAAUACGUAAAAAUAAAUUAAGAAAAUAAUUCUUGCCUAAGGGCCUAGAAAUUAAAUGUAUUCAUACAAUGGGAAAUUUCAGUACAUGCUGCAACAGUGUAACUGUUGCAGAAGUUUAUGAUGAAUUUGGGAGGUAUGUGACAUCAGGAAUGGAGGUUCCCAGUUAUGAAAACCAUGAUUUGAAGGGUACUGAAAUGGCAUCUACAUACUGCCUCGGUCGCUAAAUCUUUGUACAUUGCUGAGGUCUGGUGCUUUCCAAGAUUUGGAGAACACUGUCUUUAUGGACAUUUUACUUAAUCAGGGUACAGAUAUUUUUAUACAGAGUGCCCCAGCUAGCUUUAGCCAGUUUAAAGAUAUGCAAAUGCCACGUAGCUGGACAGAACAAAGGUAAUGUUUGCUGUUGAUUGGAGGUACUCAAACUAUAUUUUUCAUUUCGCCUAGUUAGACAAUAAGUCUUAAUUAAUUAAUCAACUUCUCAAAUAUUAUAAUUAGAUAAAAAGUAUCAAUGAGAAAAUUGUAGAGCGACAUGAAAAACUACCGAUGCAGCUUUCUGUUUCUCAAUAUGUGCUACAUAAUGGUGUUUUUCUGAGCAUGAAAGAAGCCUGCAAAUGCACCUGGAAUUGCCAUGUGACAGGCCAAACCACUUUUAUGUAGCACGUAUUGAGGAACAGAAAGCUGUACCGGGAAUAUGGUUAUGUGGAAACGGCCUUCGCCUGUAAUUUUAAUGUGCUACAGUUGUAGAAUGUGCUGUUGGUCGCAUGUUUUAAUGACUCGUUUUAUGGUGGUGUGGUUCGUGUGGAUGCUUUGCUGCUUUCGCAAGUGGUAGAUGGUAGUAGUACUUGUGUUGUAGCAGCGUCCUUUCCACACUAAACAGUCGGGGCAGGAACAAGCAUUAUAACAUCCCUCUUAAUGGGAACAGUGCGAACAAGACUACGACGGAGUGAAAGGACAUGGGACGAGCACUGCCUGUGUCGUUUCACUCCGCUUUUCGCACUGUUCCCAUUAUGAAUGUAUACCAACUCGCCCAUCUUUCCGCUUUAAUAACUCGAUGUUUGUGUAGGCGCCAUGAAUCUCCCGGACUUUUGGCCAAUGCACGCUGGGUGCCUUUGUGUUCUAUGUAUGUGCAGCACUGCGUGUUUGCACCAACUCUGACAAAUAAGGAGUGUUGCAUAGAGUUUCAUAUUAGUAUAAUUUAUUUAGAAACUCUAUGGAGUGUUGAAAGCAGUGCCAUGCUGUUUCUGUUACCUGCUUGGUCCACCUGUUUUGUUUACAAACUCGCCUCCAUAUUUGCUGUUGUGACAUGUAGGUUUGCCCCCUUCUAUUUAUACAAAAGUACCAUGCAUUCAAUUGCUGGUCGCCUAUGGUUAUUUUAUAAUUUUGUUGCAAAAUCUUGGCCUGAAGUAAAUUUUACUCCCAAAACGCAUUUGUAUGUCCCUACAAAUUGUUAGUUUACACGCAAAGCAUGGUGGCGGUAACGACUUUAUUGAAAAUCCAACUAAUUCGUGGCCUGGGCCUAGGCCUAGGCCCAGGCCAUGAAUUCUCUGGGAUUUCCCUCCCCCAGAGAGUAUGCUUCUACGCAUAGGGUAAUAACAUUUUGGGAGAAGAAAAUAAUUUUACCUGCCAUGGUUGCCUAGUGGCUAUGGUGUUGGGCUGCUGAACACGAGGUCGUGGGAUCGAAUCCCGACCACGGGGACCGCAUUUCGAUGCGAGUCAAAUGCAAAAACACCCAUGUACUUCAGAUUUAGGUGCAUGUUAAGGAACCCCAGGUGGUCUAAAUUUCCGAAGUGCCCCACUACAGCGUGCCUCGUAAUCGGAUCGUGGUUUUGGCACGUAAAACCCCAUAAUUUAAUUUUUUUAAAAGAAAAUUUUAAGCUUUGGUGCAAACGUUAAGAUUCUGAGCCGUGCUCCUGUCAGUUUAUCUGUAUUUUCUCAUUGCUAUUCAUAUGACUUCAUGGUUCAUCAUGUCCAAAGUUAGAAUUAUUGUUUGCCAAAGUGGAAAUCUCGCAUGUAGAACAUGAAGGAAGCUUGUGUGUUCGACAACUUGAGUUAUGCAUAGAGAGAGAGAGAGAGAAAGGCAAAGGAAAGAGAGGGAGGUUAACCAGAGAUUAUCUCCGGUUGGCUACCCUGUACUGGGGAAGGGGCAAGGGGAUGCGAUAGAUGAGAGAGAGAAGGAUUAAAAAAAAGGAAGAAACCUACACAUGCACAUACACGCGAACUGUUUGUUUCUGUGGGCACUGUCACGCAGCCUGCAAGGACGUUCCUAGUCUUGCACAGUGUCACCGUACAAUCCUACGUCACACAGUGUACAGUCACAAUCUGUGAAAAAGUCCCGUGUCUUUCAAGUACCGCAGUAGCACCUUCAUAGGGGAUCGCACUGAUGUUCGCGUAGGCCAGUUUCCAAGGAUCUUGUUCUCUGUCAUUGGGCGCUUGUCCAGUUGUCUAGGGUGGCUGAGAGGACUACUUUUUGCAGGUUGAAAUGAGAGCCAAUGACAAAGGUACUGGAUUGUUUCAUUGCACCUGCAGAAGUGACAAAGUGGGCUGUUUGCCAUUCCGAUAAGAAAAGAGUACGCAUUUGAAAAUGCUACUCCAAGCCAUAGACGGACUAGAAGGGUGCAGUCACGUCGUGAAAGCUCGGGCGGAAUACGGAGCUGUAAAUUAGGGUCCAGGGUAUGAAGGCGUGCACUUGUGAACUCAGAUGAAGUCCACUGAGCUAAUGUCAGGUCACGUGCAAGUGCGAGAAGCUUUUUCGCUGCGUCGGCUCUCGAAAGAGGAAUGGCAACGCAGUUGACGCUGCCUGCUGCCAUGGGCAGAUCGGGCAGCUACGUCUGCUCGAUCAUUGCCCUGUAUUCCACAGUGACUAGGCAACCACUGAUAUAUUAUAUCGUGUCCUUCGUCAACUAUGCGAUGGUGUACUUCUCUGAUCUCUGCGACGAGCUGCUCAUGUGAUCCAUGGCGCAGUGCUGAGAGUACACUCUGUAGGGCUGCCUUGGAACCACAGAAGACUGACCAUGCAUGGGGUGGUUCCUCCUGAAUGAAAUGAAGAGCCGCAAUUGCAUUUGUGCAAUUGUGAUUUAUGCAUAAAUACCCUGAAUACUUGCUAUGGCUGCCUAUGUGAUUGUCUGAUUGACGUACUCACUGAGAGAAAUGCAUCAGCCGAUGUAAUUGUUAUGGUUUGUAAAAAGACUUUAUGUUCUUAUGUAGUUGCCCUGUUUAACUUCCUUUAGCACUUAUCCAUGACCUGUGAAAUAUAUAAAACAACUUGCCUAUUAGCCUGAGUGGAUAUUUACUGCACAAACUGCUUUCCUUUGUGCAAGUUGAUUGUUUUAUUAGUAUCAUGAUAUUUUGUUGUUUUUCUUUGGUUAAUUAAAAAACGUGUGUGUUUUGUUAGGAGGGUAACUUACGCAGAAAUUCAUUGAAUAGCUCUACAACUAAGUUUAUGCAUUUAACUCAUCUUUGUGUAUUGGAGUUGGAUCAACAAACAGGUUCACAGGAAGAUGUAAAUAGUGAUGUCGAAUAAAGAAUGUUUUGGGCUGGA